AUGUUUCGGCAGCCAGCAGUCCUGGCCCCUGCUCUGGCAGUCCUCUUGCUUCUGCAGCCUCUGCCCCCAGCCGGCUCCCGUCCUCCCUCGGGCCCUGACUACCUGCGGCGAGGCUGGCAGCGCCUGCUGGAUGAGGGAGAGGGCUGCGGGCCCUGCCAGCCAGAGGAGUGCCCGACCCCGCGGGGCUGCUUGGCAGGACGUGUCCUGGACUCAUGUGACUGCUGCUGGGAGUGCGCGAACCUGGAGGGCCAACUCUGUGACCUGGACCCAGAGGGCCAUUUCUAUGGGCGCUGCGGGGAGCACCUGGAGUGUCGGCUGGAUGCAGGGGGGGACCUGCAGCGCGGGGAAGUGCCCGAGCCCCAAUGCCUCUGCCGCUCUACCAGCCCGCUCUGCGGUUCUGACGGGCGCACCUAUUCGCAGAUCUGCAGUUUCCAGGAGGCUGCUCGGGCUUGGCCACAGGCCAACCUCAGUGUAAUGCACUCAGGGCCCUGUGAGGCUGAACCCCAAAUCCUGUCCCCACCUCGGGACGUUUGGAAUGUGACUGGGCAGGAUGUGAUCUUCGGCUGUGAAGUGUUCGCCUAUCCAAUGGCCUCUAUUGAGUGGAGAAAAGAUGGAACAGAGACACUAUUACCUGGAGAUGACCCCCAUAUCUCUGUGCAGUUUAGGGGGGGCCCACAGAGGUUCGAAGUGACAGGCUGGUUGCAGAUUCAGGCUGUUCGAGCGAGUGAUGAGGGAACUUAUCGAUGUCUUGCCCGGAAUGCCCUAGGCCAGACCACAGCCUCCGCUAGCCUCACAGUGCUCACCUUAGACCAGCUCAACAACACCAACAUCUCCCUCCUUAAUUCUUUGAAUCCAACUCCUGAAGAGGAGUAUGACAAUGAAGAGGAGGAUGACUAUUACUAGACCUUGUGCCCAUUUUCAUUAUCCUCACCAUGG